AUGAUGAGCCUUUUCGCUCCUGCCAGGCAUCUCGCACGGUCUUCCAUCCCCCGCCUGAGCUGUGCUCGUUUUGCCUCAACUUUCGUCAAGGUGGUAAAAGAACAGAAUGCCGCGUACACAGGAAAGGCGUUGAAGUGUUACGAGGAGUCGAAGGACGAAGUUGAUAGGAAACUCGAUCCUGUUUUCAACAACAACAACAACAAGAACAAGCCGUUAGUCCUCUUCAUGGAGGGAACGGUCGAUGCGCCCAAAGGCCAGUUGAGUUUGAACGUGGUGAAAAUGCUCACGGAGGAUUCCCAUUGCCGAUCUUUAGGAGCGGUCCCAUUGGUGACUGUUGAUGUCACUGAGCAUCCUGCUAUCACCGGGUAUACUGUGUCGAAGAGUGGCUCGGAGGUUACACCACAUUUGUAUUACAACGGCAAUUUUUAUGGUGAUCAUGAUAGGCUCUUGAGCAAGUACAAAAAUGGAGAGUUGAGGAAAAUUGGCAGCAAUAAGAAGUAA